UUCGUGACUUAGUACUAGUUAGGUUACUUUUUUAAAUGGAAGAAGCGGCGAUUGAUUCGCCAAAUUUAUGUCUAAAUAGUAAUGACCCAACAAAUGAGACGGACGAUGAAAAUACUUGUGCAAACUGCAAUAACUCAGACAAUGAACGCGAAAUUCGCGAAGGGGAGUGUACACCGGAGCAGACAUCGGCAAACAGACAAAUCGAUAAUUCCAUCUUUAACACCAUAUCUAAAAUUGUUAAUCCCACAGCAAAGGUACCAGAAAUUCAGGACUUUAAAAUUGUGAAACCUAUAAGCCGUGGUGCAUUUGGCAAAGUUUUUCUUGGGUACAAAAAGACAAAUCCUGAGAAAGUAUAUGCUAUCAAAGUAAUGAAGAAAAAUGAGAUGAUAAAUAAGAAUAUGGCUUCACAAGUGAUCAUUGAGAGGAAUGCUUUAGCUAUAACGCGUAGUGCUUAUUGUGUUCAAUUAUUUUAUUCAUUGCAAUCUGUUAGUAGUGUCUAUUUAGUAAUGGAGUACAUGGUAGGUGGAGAUCUUAAAAGCUUGGUUGGUGUGUAUGGUUAUAUGGAAGAAUCCAUGGCAGCUUUUUACACUGCAGAAGUGUGUCUGGCAUUGGAGUAUCUCCACUCCCAUGGGAUUGUACAUAGGGAUUUGAAACCGGAUAAUAUGCUUCUGUCGAGAGAGGGACAUGUUAAGCUCACAGAUUUCGGGCUUAGUAAAAUAUCUUUGCACAGAGAUCUCGAAAUAUCGGAUUUAGUUAAUUGUACGCCCAGUCUUUGCGCUAGAACUCCCGGACAACUUUUAUCGUUGACGUCGCAUUUAUCCUUCGGUUCCGGACAGAGAUCACCGAGCGAAUCUAAUCUUAGCGACAGAAGUACACCUGGUGUUAAUUUACUCUCGGCUUUGCAGCGAAACUGCACGAAAUUUCAGUCGUCACCCAACUCGGUAAUUUCCUCCACUGCCGCAUCUGGGGAUUACUCCCGAGUAUCGGGUGUUACACCUUUCCAAUCUGCAGAGGAUCUCCACUUAGGAGAACGUAUGGAGGACAAUGUUAUCAUCGAGAACAUCGAAGAGGAAGAAGAAAGUAGCUCUGGGAGUUACCACACGUGCGAGGCGUCUUCGGUUCGCGUGGAUAGUCAAUUGAAUCACAAUGUAGAAGAAGAGGACGAGUCUACGCUGGAAGCUGAACAGUCUCAGCAACCCCUUUUUCACACUAGUCCAUUAAGCACGUGCACGAACACGUUCACAAGAGGCGCGAAAAGAAAGAGAGCAGCAACGGGAGCAACAACUGGUCUAACGUGCGAAUUAAACGCGAUGGAUUUGGAUGUGGACAAAACACCAAAGAGAAAGAAUCGCGGAUGCAUAUUUCAAAGAAGUCCAAUAAAUACCACUAUACCUGAAUCCAUAACUCGAACGACUAAUAUCAGCGAUACAGCCCAAGGACAAGAGAAUGGAUCUGGUGGAAGAGUUGCAUUCAGUACACCAGUCUCGUCUAUUAAGCAAAGAUGCCAUAACGAAGAGGAGGAGGAGGAGGAGGAGAAAUGUGAAGAAGAAACAGCACCUUUGAUCAAGGCAACGAGAUUUCAGCUUCCACCGGUUCUUACGUCGCAUUCAGCAUCUGCGAUACUUGUGGCAGAUAGUUUGGAGAAGCAUCGAUCACCUCAAGGAAUAUCACCCAUAAAAACGCCUGCAACCUCAGGCAAUUCUUACACACCUUAUCGAACACCGAAAUCAGUAAGAAGAGGCGGUCAAGGUGGUGUGAAUCGGUCAGAUGAUCGUAUACUUGGAACACCCGAUUAUCUUGCUCCUGAGUUACUUUUAAAGCAAGGUCACGGACCUGCGGUAGAUUGGUGGGCUUUAGGUGUUUGUUUGUUCGAAUUUUGUACAGGUGUUCCGCCGUUCAACGACGAAACACCUCAGGCUGUGUUCUCCAACAUCCUCGCCAAAGACAUCCCUUGGCCAGAGAACGAAGAGGCUCUUUCAACAUUAGCCACAGGAGCCAUAGACGCACUUCUCACAUUGGAUCAACACGAGCGUCCUUCUGCCAUGGAAGUGCGUACUAUGAAACUGUUCGAAGAUUUCCCUUGGGACGAGCCGUUAAAAGCGACGCCGCCUUUUAUCCCACAACCGGAUGAUAAUUACGAUACAUGCUAUUUUCAAGCACGGAACAUAAUGCAACAUUUGAACGUGAGCAAUUGCGAUACAUAAUCUGUGGAAUAUUAUGUCGAUGGGGGGA